UGGCGGAAGGAGGCGGCGGUGGAGAGAAGCCCGCGGCUGCCGCGGCGAUAGCGAAAUGGCGGAAACCGUAGCGGACACCCGGCGGCUCAUCACCAAGCCGCAGAACCUGAAUGACGCCUACGGGCCGCCCAGCAACUUCCUCGAGAUCGACGUGAGCAACCCGCAGACCGUGGGGGUCGGCCGGGGCCGCUUCACCACCUACGAGAUCAGGGUCAAGACAAAUCUUCCCAUCUUCAAGCUGAAGGAAUCUACUGUGAGAAGAAGGUACAGUGACUUUGAGUGGCUUCGAAGCGAACUAGAGAGAGAGAGUAAGGUUGUGGUUCCCCCACUCCCCGGGAAAGCAUUUUUGCGGCAGCUUCCUUUUAGAGGAGAUGAUGGAAUAUUUGAUGACAAUUUCAUCGAGGAGAGGAAGCAAGGGCUGGAACAGUUCAUAAACAAGGUCGCUGGUCAUCCUCUGGCCCAGAAUGAACGUUGUCUUCACAUGUUUUUACAAGAUGAAAUUAUAGAUAAAAGCUAUACUCCAUCUAAAAUAAGACAUGCCUGAGUUUGGCAAGAAGAAGUAAAACCCGAGACCAUCAAUGAUUCAUCCACACCAAUGAAGAAGUUGUAACUAACUUAGCAUGCUGCACAGGCGCUGGUAUAACACGUCCUGGGUAUACUAACACUCACACUCUCCCUUCCAUUCGCUUUGUUUUGGCAGUUGACAAGAUGUUAUUUGCUUUAGUGAAACUCCCUCGCUCCAGCCUUCUUUCUAAGUAGCUCUUCCCGCUGUGUCCCUGUGCACACUGUAGCCUCCCAGCCCCAUAGACCCUGCUGUGUCCUGACUAAAGCUGCCGACUUGCUCUCACA